CCCGGCUUGAUAUUCGGACACAAAACAGGAGUUCCGCAACGUUUUUAAAUAACCAGUAGACUGGCGACAUGACGAUGAAGGUCGUGAAGCUGCUGCUGCUGGUCAGCGCCCUGGCGGCGUGCUUGCUCUGCGCGGAGGCGGCGAGAAGCCAUCGCAGCUCACAGAACAGUUUUCGGAGGGCGGCGAACGGGGUGUACCAAGCCCUAAGCAACAUCUUCGGAGAGGACAAUAUCCGCGCUCUGCAUAAGUUCUUCUCGAAGACCACGGAGCGGUUUGUGCACAGUGUGGACGUGCUGCUGGACACCGUCUGGAGAAUCUGGUCUGACCUCCUGGACGUCUUGGGGAUCGACUCGUCCAACCUGAGCCACUACUUCAGCCCCGCCUCGGUGGCCAGCUCUCCAGCCAGGGCUCUCCUCCUGGUGGCCGCGGUCCUGCUCGCCUACUGGUUCCUGUCCCUCUUCCUGGGCGGCUUCUUCUACCUCCUCCACGUGGCCUUCGGCCGUUUCUUCUGGCUGGUGCGCGUGGCGCUCUUUGCCCUGUCCUGCCUCUACAUCCUGCAGAAGUUCGAGGGGGACCCUGAGCGGGCCGUGCUGCCGCUCUGCUUCAUCAUGGCCAUCUACUUCAUGACCGGCCCCAUGGGCUCAUACUGGAGGAAGGGGGGCAGCACCCUGGAGGACAAGAUCGACCACCUGGACAGCCAGAUCCGCCUGCUCAACAUCCGGCUGAGCAGGGUCAUCGAGAGCCUGGACCGCUCCAGCGAGCAGUAACAAGGGAGCAGGGCAGGGGUCUCUGCUCCCUCCGGCACCAGCAAGACAAGGGAGCUGGACCCCCGGCCAGAAGCAAAGCCGUGCAGUAUUAGUAGUAGUAUUAUUAUUAUAAUGACGAUUAAUAGUUAUUGUUAAAGACCACAUGUGCAUGAUUCGUAAAGGCUGUAGAAUUUAAAUUUUUAGGUACAGUAAUGUGAAAAAACAGCCUAUUUCUUGCAGUAGUAUUUCUGUAUUGCUUGCACACUUUUCUGAUGUUGGAUUUUCUAUAGACUCCACGAACACUUGCGCGCACAAAAUCUGAUUAAGUGCCCACCAGUCGUUCCAGCAAAAUAGCACCUCUGCUGGGUUUAGAGUCAGAACCUGUCCAUAGAAAUAUCCGCUUCCCUUGUUUCUGACACUAGAACUGGAAGAUUAAUUGCACAUGUCUGAGUUUGGUAUUAAAAGGCACAAUGUUUUGUAAUAGAGGGAUUGUAAAAAAUGCUCCCCUUGUAUUGAAAUGUGAGCUGUUCCAGGUUUUACGAUGAGCUUAUUGAAACUUCGCUCUUGGAAUACAUGGAAAGGCACAGAUGGCUAUGCAAGUGUUAGUCUUAUUUUCUGUGCCAGUAUUACAAUGCAGUUGAAUGAUGUUCUCGCUUAGUUGUGUAGGUCCUUGUCUACUUAGCUACCGAGCCUGAAACUGGCACACUAGUAUCUAGAGCCUUCACACCAGCAUCUGCCUGCCGUUUGUUAGUUGUAUUGAAGCAUUUCUGUCAAAUCAAACAAGAGAGUCCUAGAUAGUGUCUUUUUAUUUUAGACGCGUCAUGUCAUGUGGUCUUUUUAAAUAGAGUUUGUACUUGUUUUAAAUGUAAAAGAAAAGAAUUUUGGGGGAUGCUGUCCCCACAACACAUUUCUAGUGGUGGGGGUGGGGGGGGGGGGGGGGUCUUUAUGAUGUCAUUGGAGAACAGCUUCCCCCUGGAUUAGGUCAAAAAGGAACUUUGUGAAGCCAGAUGCAAUGCAGCUGAAAAUAACCUUGCCUUCUGUUCACAGAGCAUUGGUUUUACAGUGUGGGCCUCAAUUGAAGGAGCGGUGGGCUCACACAUCGCAUUAUCAAACCCAUACAUCUCCCAGUGACUAAACUGGAAUCCUCCAACUAUUUUAAGCUUGACACGUACACUGGAUUCCUAACACUGUAGUCUUAAAUAUUAUUUAUUGUGACCAAUGUGGAAGUUACUGAGAAACGCCAGUCUAAACUGGACUGUCACUGUCCCAGCAGAGCACUGUCUCGAAUCAGGAAGAGAUAUCUCUUUGGGAAGGGAUCUUGCAGUCAUGUUGAAAGACAGCAGUUGAUCUCAGGGAGAAAAAAAAUACAAACCUCGGCAUAUGUUAUCAUCACUUAACCCUAAAUAGAUUGCACUCUAUUGGGGGGGAACAAUAUAUCUUUAGGGUUCCAUGCAUGUUAGAAUAGGAUGUUGCCUUCCAACAUGAUGCCCGAGUCCCUUACAAGAGCGGAUGUGUAUCUCCGAGUUGGGCUGUUUGUUUUGUGGUAGUUUAAGUUUAAAAUGAGAGGUGAGUGGUCUGUAAUUUGAUGACCUUGUUGUUUGUGUGUCUGACAGCAUGCAUCUACUGUAUUCUGUUAUUUGGGCAGCUAUGUUUUGUUCCUUUUAGUGUUUAAUUUGUGCAGUCAAGACCCCUUCUACAAGUUUAUCAGGGUAGAAUGGUAAACAUGGUAAAAAAUAUUAAGAACUGUGUCAAGUCAGGGUAGGCUGUGGUAAACGCAUGGCGUAGUCAUGGGAGAGAACUGCAGACAUGCUGUGAUGAACUUUGACAUGGGAUGUUUUAUAGGGGGCAUCUUGAUGUAUAUCUGGCAUUGCAUUGAGAUGUGCGUCUUUUUUUACUAAUAACCUUCCCAUCCACACCAGAGCGGACGGAGCACAGUCACCAGCCUGACCCUCACCCCUAGGGGUGUAGGAGUUGGAUCACGUGCAGAGAUUCAAAAUUCAAAUUCCUCAGCGUGGACGGAAUUCCAUGCUACGUUGGAAAAGUGCACUUGCAAGGGAACCGUAGGUAAGAUCCGUUGCUUUUAGAACUGAAACAGCAAUCGGUCCCCCUGGCACGUCAUAAAACUUGUGAAAUGUAUGUUCCAAACUCUGAAGCACCGUCGCUGUUCCAGUAAUGAUGGUGACGAUGGCUGUGAAGUUUUGAGCAGGGUCAAAGAUUUGUUUGCGUCAUGCAUUUACAACCCCUUUAAGCACUCGCUGUGCUUGGAUGUUUAUUUGCAUGCCUGUAAGUGUAAGUGCAUUCUCGUAGCAGUGGCAUCCUCUUGUUUAAUUACUGCCAUGUAACAAAGCAGUCAGUUGCAUCUUUUGUAAUCAUCUUGAAGACCUAAUUAGCUUCGUUUUUAGUUGGGGGAGUGGGAGCUGUUUUUAGUACUCUCUGUAUUAUCUGUAUUGUUUUUUAAAGAAAGAAUUUGGAUCACCACUUUAUGCAGUACUCAGGUUUGACUUGAAGAUUACUCUGUACACUGGUAAGAUGUGGAUCUGAAGUGCUGAAACUAUUGAACGCACCCAAGAUGCAAUCUGUCAUGUUUAAACUUCUAUUGCUAGUUUCACAGCACCCUGGACUACCUGACUUGAGGUAACAUUAAUGCCAAUUAGGAUCUGUGAAACCAGCCUAUUGUAAGCUGCCUAAAGGCUGUAGUUCACAAACACUCUUUGCAUGGCCAUGCUGUAUAUGUUGUUUACAUAAUGUUUCAUGUUUUAGACACACAUUCCAUAAAUCACGGGAUAUUGGGGAUGUUUAUUGAUAAUUUAGUAACAAACACAAAAUAAAUAAAUAUGCUAAUCAAGUUUAUAAUUGAGGUGAGAACUCGAAUCCCCAGCUAAUGCACUUGUAGCAAACCGGAACUUUAGAACCCAGGUUGAGCUUGUUUAAAUGGAUUACAGAGCAUGGAUUCUGGAACCGGAACUUUAGAACCCAGGUUGAGUUUGUUUAAAUGGAUUACAGAGCAUGGAUUGUGGAACGGGAACUUUAGAACCCAGGUUGAGUUUGUUUAAAUGGAUUACAGAGCAUGGACUGUGGAACCGGAACUUUAGAACCCAGGUUGAGUUUGUUUAAAUGGAUUAAAGAGCAUGGAUUGUGGAACCGGAACUUUAGAACCCAGGUUGAGUUUGUUUAAAUGGAUUACAGAGCAUGGAUUGUGGAACCGGAACUUUAGAACCCAGGUUGAGUUUGUUUAAAUGGAUUACAGAGCAUGGAUUGUGGAACCGGAACUUUAGAACCCAGGUUGAGUUUGUUUAAAUGGAUUACAGAGCAUGGAUUGUGGAACCGGAACUUUAGAACCCAGGUUGAGUUUGUUUAAAUGGAUUACAGAGCAUGGACUGUGGAACCGGAACUUUAGAACCCAGGUUGAGUUUGUUUAAAUGGAUUACAGAGCAUGGAUUGUGGAGCAGCUGGUUUAGGAUCUAGUGUUGCUGAUGUUUGGGUGUUUCUGGUAUUAGUGUAUUGUUUAUUUCCUUUGUCAGAACCAUCCAGGGCAGCUUGGCAGAGAGUUUGCUGAGGCAUUAAAAGCUGUCUGAGCCACUUCAUGACAACCCAAGGUGCGUCGCUCAAACAACAAAUUCGGGUUCAUUUGACUUCCUGUGUGUUUUCUGUCCCCAGCCACUUAGCAGCACGAGUGACACUAGAAACCUUGCCUGUCUGUGAAACCAUCCCAGGCCUUUUGAACAGACAGCAUUGGCCUUAAAUACUUGCGAGGGUUUGAAUUCACAAGUAUGCAUUUAUUAAUAUGGAAAAGAUGUACCAGAUAGUAUUUAUUCAUCAAUUUCAGCUGCAUGGCUAAUUUGCAUUAGAUGCACACACCACAAACAGUAUUGCAAUGUAGAUGUGAUGACCCCACCAAUGCAUUUGUUGACGGCUUCCCUUUCAUGCAGCAGCCACUAGUUUAUGCACAGAUGGACAAUGAAUGAUUUUACACUUUCUCACUCCUGCAAUGGGAAAGGUGAUGCCAGUAAGAAGCAUGCAGAUGAUCCCCUCCCUUCUUCUUUAACUAUACUGUUGUAAUGACAGCAGUCAAUAAACUGUCAAGUAAAUUAGAGAGAGAUCUGUGUGGGGCUGCCAAUAAGGAUUGCUUAACACUGAGUAACCCUGUGUAUACUGUUACUGGUGAAUUGUUUUAUUAUGUAUUUUGGAGUAGCGUGUAUAAUGUCUGGAUUAUUAGUUUGUUUUUUUAGUGCAAGUUGCCUAAAUGAUACAUGUUCUUUAUAAACGGGUGAUCCUGAAGUUGCAGAGCUACAAACACAAGUUAGCGCAGAGUUUUAUCAGACAGUUUCCAGCACAGUUCAGGAUGAGAGCGUAUCUAUUUAAUAUCAUGUUUCUAUAAUAAUCACAAUGCCAGUGUACUUGUUUUCGUAGCUCUGAAUCAUGCACCUGCUGGUGAAGGACAUUUCAUUUCAAUCUGCUCGAAGUCUUUGCUUUCUCUUUCCUCACAGGAGCGCUGAUGUUUGGGUGUUUCUGGUAUUAGUGUAUUGUUUAUUUCCUUUGUCAGAACCAUCCAGGGCAGCUUGGCAGAGAGUUUGCUGAG